AUGCAAUUCUUCUCUGCCAUUGCACUCCAGGGACUCGUUGCCCUAGCCAACGGAGCUAUUCUGCAACCCCGCGACUGCGUCGCCGGCUCCUACGCCGUCAAGAUCGAAGCCCACACUGUGGGGUGCACCGAUCCUGCCCCUCUGGCGUCCAUCGCCAACUACGGUGGCGCCGGUCCCUGCAUGGACACUUUGAACGGGCACAACUACCUCAAGGCCAUCAACUCUGACGGGUGCCCGUCCUCCAGCGUGGAUCUCCAUUGCUACUCCAACCAGGACCAAUGCGACUCGGACAACAGCGGUGCCGGAGGGGCUUUCACGGUGCUUGAGCCGGACUCUUGCACCAUCGCCCCGCCGAACUGCCCGUACUUCCGCGCGGUCGCUGGUUGA